AGAAAUCAAACUGCUCUAUAAAAAGAGCAAGAUUGUCCUCUGUCUCCUCUGUUCAUUGUCCGUAGAAUUCAAUGGACUGGCCAAAGGCUUCCCCUUCUUCUUCUUCUUCGAACAGAAACAUUGGUGAUCACAUUAAGAGAGAAGUUGAUGAGUUGAUGAUGAUGAUGGGUCCUGUUAAGGUGAUGACUGAUGAGCAAAUUGAGGUCUUGAGGCAGCAAAUAUCAAUGUUUGCUGCGAUUUGUGAGCAGCUCGUUGAGAUGCACAAGUCUAUGACUUCUCCUCAAAGUGUCAUUGCAGGAACGAGUUUUCAAUAUUAUGACCCUUUAAUGAUGCCUGGAUCCACUCCUAAGAUCACAUCAAGGCAGCGUUGGACCCCGACACCUGCGCAACUCCAAAUACUCGAGAGCGUAUUUUCGCAAGGCAUUGGGACUCCGAGCAAGCAAAAGAUUAAGGAACUAACAUCUGAGCUCUUACAGCAUGGCAAAAUCUCUGAAACAAAUGUCUACAACUGGUUCCAGAAUCGAAGGGCCAGAUCAAAACGCAAGCACGCAGCAACUCCUUCAUGCCUGAGUGUCAAAUCCGAAGCAGAAAGGGAAAAUGAUUGCUCGAACCUCGUUAAACAAAAAUCUGGGAAGAUUGAUUCCUUUCAAAUUCCAGAAGGCAACCCUGAAUUGCAUUCUACAAAGAAUGCAGAGGACAGUUUAAGGUCUUUCUAUCAAGGGCAGGAUCAACUGAUGGGAGAAAUGGGGAUUCCAGCGGGCUUAAGUUAUUUUCAAUGUGGAAACAGAUAAAGAUGAGUUUCUAUUUUUUUUUUUUUAUAAAUCGGAUUGCAGGUGAUAUUAACUUGAUACUGACAGGCUAAGAAUUUUAUAAAAUUGCAGAAAUUUUUUUAUUUGGGUGCAUUUCCGCAAAUAUAUGUGGGACUUUGAGCCCAUGUAAACAUUAGAUAUGGAAGUAUAUAUUAACUUAAAGCGUGAGUCUUUAAUUUGUCUGAUGGUUUUUGAUUGUGUUCUUUGGAAGGUUUAGAUUGUGAAGUUGUAUGGUUUGAAUGGCUAUUCACAAAGGCUGUAUUUGUUUGGCAAGGUGCUCAAGAAAUUUAUG